CGGACGCUGACGGAGAGUGCAAAGACAACGCAAAGACAACGGUGCGAUGCCAGAGGGCAGACUGUCGUGAGUCUGGAUUCGAGUGGACACUCGUCGUCGGGACAAUAGAAGAGGGUGCUCUUGGCGGUCGAUGCCCGACCUCACGACCGAGGUUAACAGGUACGACGCCGCCGCCGAGUUUGUGUUUGCGCGCUGGUGAUCCCGAGGACGAGCAUGGCGUUGCGGUGGACAGCGUGCACUGUACAGCGGUGGAAAAGACAUCGGGCGGUAGCGAUGUCCGAAGACGCAGGCUGAGACCAAGUCCGAAGCCGCGGCGAGCGGAACGGGAGGAGCAAUCGCAGUCAUGUGUCCAAAUGUUAAGGGGCCAAACAACCGCUGCCAUUCAUUCAUCCCCGCCUGCUCGACGAGCGCUCGGCAUUUACCCACUCCUUGCACUGUACUCUCCUCGACGCAGCCGACAUGAAGGAGAAAGAACGAGGUGUAGCCCUCAACGGCGACGGACUCAACAGCGCCGAUCACGGCGAUCAUACGCACGGACAUGCUCGAUCGCCUUCAGCCACACCCACGGAGCGCAGACCGACGACCACGACAACAACCGCAACAGCAUCCACAUCACCCGCGCCCAAAAGCAAACUCGCCUCAUUGCUGCCCCCAUGGCUCAUGACAGCCCUCAAGACCAAGCGGACAUGGAAGAACUGGGCGCGGUCCAUGAUCGCCCUCUUCGUAGCUACCCUCCUCAUGGUCAUCACGCCUACGAGCAAAGCGCUCGGCUCGUCCGCGACCUUCUUCGCCCUCAUCGCAUGCGCCAUGCUGCCGCCGAUGAUGCCCGUCUCCAUCCUCAUCUUCGCGCUCAUCACCCUCGGCCUCGGCAUGCUCCUCGGCUGGGCGUGGGGCGUCGCCGCCUGGGCCGCCGCGCACAGCGUGCGCGACCAAGCCCGCCUUCAGACCGCCAUGCAAGGCGUGCAAGCGCAAGCGCAGGCGUCGGGGGCCGACCCGCGCGCCGCUAACCAAGCCGCGAUCUUCCACGGCGUGUUCCUCGACCCCGGCGUUUCGGCCGUGCACGGCGUCUUCAUCUUCAUCGGCGCCUACUUCCUUGGAUGGGUGCGCGCGACCCGCCCCAAACUCACCCUCCUCGCCAUUUACGGCACCAUCCUCCUCGACAUGAACAGCACGUUCGGCCCCCUCUUCCCGAACCCGUACUACAUGCUCGCGACGGCGCUCCUCAAGCCCGCGGCCGCAUACAUGGCCGUCGCGAUCGCGUGUGCCGUCCUCUUCUUCCCGCAGAGCCUGAGCCACCUCGUCCUCUCCGGCCUCGUGCAGGGUACGUACCGUCCCAUGCUGGCGCUCCUGCGGCUGCAGGAGCGCAUCUUGACGACCGACCCGACGCAGCACGAAGAGUGGCACGCGCUCGCGGAGGAGGCGCGCGGCCUCGCGAAAGGAUACGUCGCCGCGUACAGUGACAUCGCGGGCCAAGCGAAGAUGCUGCAGAUCGAAGUCACGCGCGGCCGCAUCUCCGCCGGCCAGCUCACGGAGGUGAUCAACCGCACUCGCGCGCUGAUCGCUGCGUCCGUCGGUCUCGGCACAGUCGUCGGCAUGGUCGACGAGCGCGACCGCGCCCUCAAGGCACAAGUGGAGAAUCCGCUGCCGUACGCCACGAGCCGCAGCAAAAACAUGUACGAGCGCGUCAUCACGUCCGAGAAGGGCGCCGGCUCGAAUCUCGAAGACUUGCUGCCGGAACUCAAAGCCGAGACGGCGGACCUGCGCGCGGCCGCCGAGGGCGCGUUCGCGGGCGGUAUCGACUUCCUCGACGUGAUCAACAAUUCGCGCUGGAAGAAGACGCCCAAGAGCCUGCCGGGGCCCGAGGCACGCCAAGCGAAUCUCGCGCGUCUGCGCGCGUCGCUGGCGACGUUCCGCGCGAGCGGAAACAGUAUGGCGCUAGAACGCUUCCGCACGCACUUUGACGCCGAUACCGGCCGCCUCCUCGAGUGGGAGGGCAAGGCAGGGGGCGGGAGCCCGCGCGGUCUCUUCCGCUGUUUCCAGUUCACGGCGACUCUCACGGGCUUCUGCCUCGCGCUCAUAGACUGGCUCGAGCUCCUCGAGCUCAUCGAGCUCGGCACGCCGGCGAACAAGUUCCAGUUCCCCGGCAAGUUUGUGCAGGAGGUCGUACGGACGGUGAACGACAGCUCGGCGCAAGGUGAGGUGACGGGCCUGUCGGCGCGCGGCGACGUCGUCGACGGGCACGACGACGACGACGAUGACACGCUUUCGCACGACAGGGGCGCCGACCGCAAGCCCAAGUACGGGGCACGCGACCCCGACGCGGGACCGCCGCGCAACGCGCUCCAGAAAGUCGGCCGCGUCGUGUCCGCCAUGGUGCGCGCGGCCACGGGCGUCAACGGCAUCUUCGCGCUCAAGUACGGCAUUGUAUCCGUCGCAUUCUGGGUCCCCUCCGUGUGCCCGUCCUCCGCUGCAUUCUACUACCGCAACCGCGGGUUGUGGGCGCUCAUCAUGGCGCAGACGGGUCUGGGCGUGUACGCCGGCGAGCAGGUGUUCGUCUUUGUGCAGCGCAUGUCGGGGACGUGCGCUGGUAUCGUGGUCGGCAUGGUGUUGUGGUACAUUGGUGCGCAGCGGGGCAUGGGGAACGCGUAUGGAGUAACAGCAGCUUUCGUGGUUGGUAUGUCGCCCUUCCUCUUCCUCCGUAUCGUGGCGCCGCCACAAGUCCAGAGCUUCUUCGUCAUGAUGGCAGUGACGUCGGCGUUCGUCGUCGGCUACUCAUGGGUCGACAACCACACGGUCUCGAGCGCCAACCAAGGCGUGGGGUACACACUCGCCGGCCGCCGCGCGCUGCUGGUGAUAAUCGGCUUCGCAGGCGCCUUCAUCAUGAUCCUGAUCCCGCGCCCAAUCAGUGCGAAGAAAGUCGUGCGGCAGAGCAUGGCCAAGAAUAUCGGCGCCCUCGGUGACAUGUACGCGCUCGAGCUCGCGAGCCUCGAAGCGGCGCGCACGGAGCGCGGCGACGCGGCAUCCCGCCGCGCAAAGCACCGCGACCACUUCCUUCGCAUCUUCUCGCGCCUGCAAACGCUGCACCAGCGGCUGGCGUAUGCGUCGUUCGAGCCGGCCAUCCGCGGCCCAUGGCCGCGGGCGCAGUACGAAAAGCUCAUCUUUAUCCAGGAGAGCAUGCUGGCGUCCUCGGCGCUGCUCACCGCCGCAUACUCGCAGCUCGAGCCCGAGUGGUGCGAGCGCAUCACGGACCGCAGCGACCUGAUGCACCCGGCCUUCGUGGCGGACCUCGUCUCGCUCUUCGCCCUCCUGCGCCACUCGUUGCGGCAGGCCACGCCCCUGCCCCCCGUCCUCCCGAUAUUCGAGCGGCUAUCGUAUCACCGGACGUAUCGGCACGCGCUGCGGCGCGCCGCGCGGCUCGAGACGGGCGCCCCGGCCGACUCGCGCGAUGCCCCGGUCGAGUCUGGGCUCAUGCCGCAGGAGAGCUCCGCGCUCGUCUCCCUCGAAGGAGAUUUGACGUGGAGCAACGCGCACAACGAGCAGUUCACGCUGUACGCGACGGCGCUCAUCGCGCUCUCGCACUUCAUCGGCGGGCUCAACUCGCUGCACGCGACUGUGUUGGAGCUCGUGGGUGAGCGCGAAAUAGACGGCUUCGCCGAGGCGCAGGAGCGCUGGGCGCGCGCCGAGAUGUCGGUGUAGCUUACUCUGCAUGUAAUUUAGGAC